AUUUCCGUUGCGGUGUUGUUGUUGAAGCGCUAUGGUUUAUCAGCGCGGCCUCGAUCUUUUCGCCUGAGUUUCUGUCGAGUUCUGCAGGUUCAUGUUCCGCGCAGCCGAGAUCAAGAGCUUCGGUAAAGCGGGAACCGGCUGGCACUUUCGGCGGACGAUGGACGAGCUGGUCCACGAUUUGGUGUCGGCCCUGGAGGAGAGUUCUGAACAGGCUCGUGGAGGGUUCGGCGAUGGUGGAGAUCACGCCCUGGCCGUCGGUUGCCUGCUUAAACGUCAAGCUCGCAAGCGUCGUGGCCGUAAACGCCGGUCCGAUAACCCUCACCCGCCGUGGGACACCUGUCACCUGAGCGAAGGCUCCGAAUCCAGCCUGGAAGAGCCGAAGGACUAUCGUUCCUCCACGGCUGCUGGAGGCGCACAUGCGCGCGACAACAACAACAGUGACUCAGAUGAGCAGCUGGGUGCGAAGCGCCGUACGCCACUCACCGCCGACUCGGGCAGGGGGAAGAGGCCGCUUUGGCUGGACGAUUUAAGCGGAGCUGACGCUUUAGGAACACGCAGUUUGAGGAGGCGUCGGAAGGUCAAGCGCAUGGCUGUAGAUCCACCACUAGAGGUCACCACCAUGUUGGCACCACCCAAACCGUCCACAGCAGGUGGCAGCAGAGAGGCAGGGUUCUUGGAGGGUAAAGGAAGUGAGGUAAAUAAAAACAGGGUGAAGAAAAGAAAGUUUGCGGCGCAGAGAUUCACGCAGGAUGUUGCGGAUGAAGGCGUAGUGGUGGAGAGCGAGGAGGCGGGUCAGGCGGCCAAAGAUAAGAUGGACUUUGAGGAACAGAAGGGCUCAGAUGAGGACAUGAGUGACAGGUGCGAGACAAGCAGUGUCAGUAACAGCAGUGAUGGGGGUUUGUACACUAAUGAUGAGGGAAGACAAGGUGAUGACGAGCAGAGUGAUUGGUUUUAUGAGGGUGAGCCGGGCGGGGCUUGUGGGAUUGCAGGCGUGGUCCCAUGGUGGGACAGAGAUUCGAAUGAGCUCGACCUCAAUGACCCCGUGUUUAACAGCAUACUGACCGGAGCGUUUCCGAUAAUGUCACAGGGAGCUCAAAGAGGUUUUCAAGCACGGCUCGCUCGGCAGACCUGUCUUCAGCAGUCACAGGGAGCUUCUCAGGGAAUGGUUCAUGAUAGAUUACCACGGUUAUCACAGGAUCCUCAUGACACUUGGUUCAGUUCUGGUGCCAGGAGAGAUCAGUUGCUUUGGGAUUCUCGUAGUGACAGAAGUCAUAGAAAAAGCUGCUCUUUAAAGACUGCCAACAGUUUCGGAGCUUCGCAAAUUGUGUGUCGUUUUGCACAAUUGUUGUGUCCGAACAUCAACCAUACUGAACACUAUGUGUGUGUAUGUAGACAGACGAGUGGACAUCUUGGCUCUUUGUGUACUGGAGAUAUAAAGAGGCGACGGAAAGCUGCACCUGUAGGAGCCCCUUCAGCAUCAGGUGUGGUGGGUGACGGUGCUCCUCCUCUCCCCGAAUCAAAUGUUGGGAACCGUAUGCUGCAGACUAUGGGCUGGACUCCAGGUUCGGGUUUGGGUCCCGAAGGCAGAGGCAUCACGGAGCCCAUCCGUGCGUCUCAGAGGCCAAAAGGAGCUGGACUGGGCUUCAACUGAGCUUUGAGAACAGAUAGAGAAGCUCUUCUCUCCGUUAACCUCACCAUUAACAGCAACCAGCGGCCUGAGGGGCAGCACUGAGCCGAUAGGUCCAUAAAUAUGAAGAAGAGAUGAUGGACAGAAUAUAGAGAUAUGCACCAACCCAAAGGAGAACUGACUUUAGAGCAGACUUACUGCCGCCCCACACACUUCAACUGUUAAAGGCGUCCAAACAUUUAUUAGCUGAUUUGAGUUUUUAGUAACUCCAAAAUAAUUCAUUCAAAAUUUAUAUUUUUAAGAUUUCUGAUGCUGAGAGGUAAAUUUCUCAAUAUUUGCAAGAAGCUUUAUUUGGCAUUUUUACAGAAGUACAAACUCGUAUCAUCAGGUCAUAUUCUGCCCCAAAAAAUUACAUGAAUUAUUUUAUUUUUUGCCUUGAAAAAUGCAGUUCAUUUUAUUAUUAUUUAAAUAAUAAAUUCGCAUUACCUUUAUCCAAUAGGCUUAAAUUUCUUUAUGGCUCAAUAUAAUUCUCUUUUUUUUUAUUUUGGUGUAAAAUAUGACCUAAACAUUGUUCACAAACAAAUAGGAGAACGAUUUUCCAAAAGAUUUCCAAAAGUCUAAAUUAUUAGAUUUAAGAUGAAUUGUGCAUUUUAAUUAUUUUCUUUUUACUGUGAGACAUUUAUUCUGAUAUAAACAAGACCCUUGAGAGUCUUUUAAUGAAUCUCAUCAGAUGAUACCAGCAGAAAUUCAUGAUUUAGGUUUAAUCUGUUAAUUAUUUUCCAAAAAUAAUUUUAGUCUUUAAAUGUGUCCCAGUCUCACGAAAUUACAUACCUAUAGUCUUGUAAAAAAAAAUGUAUUAUUUUUCAUGAUACGAUUCACGAAUUUCCGCCUUUUUUUAUCGUAUCACGAAUUUUACGAAUUAUGUGUCAUUGUCACAUAUUGGUUACUCAACUGUUUUAUCUUAUUUUCUUACCAUUGUCGCUUCGGUUUAGGGUUUGAUUUACUUAAAAUGACAUCCUUACCCAAACCCAACUCUAACCCUAACGCCAGGCGACAAUGGUUUAAAAAUCUGAAAAUAAAUCAGAAAGAAAUUGUAUAAACCAAUACUUAAAGUGACAUCCUAACGCAAACACCAAAUCGAACCCUAAAACGACGCAGCAAUGGUUUAAAAAUAGGAAAAAGCAGUUGAGUAACCAAUACGUGGCAAUGACACAGAAACAGAAAUUUGUCAGAAGGUCACGAAAAAACGCGUAAAUACGUGACAGUAUCAUGAAAAAGAAUUUAAAAAAUGUAUGUGACUAUUGUUGCGUUAUUUCGUGAGACUGCGUAGCAAAAUGUCAUCUUGGAGAUUAGAUCAGUCCAACUCUUUAUUUUUCUGUAUUAAUUUAAUCUUUUUAUAUAUCUUAUGUACCAUGAAUUAAUUUUUGUUAGAUUUUUAAAAUAUGUAUGUUUUCAUUUACGUCAUGAUUGGAGUUUUUAGGCAUCUUUUGGGCAUAUAUGUGCAAAUAUGUAUAUGUAAUAAUGACUGUGGAUACCUCAACCCUUCACCCCUUCCUCAUGAAAACCGCAUGUAGUAAAUGAUGAAGCAACACAGAUUGAGCCAAUGUUGUCUGAUCGAUGCUGUUUUCUUUCCACCGCGUGAAGAUGUCAUUUCAAACGCAUGCAGUUUUAAGCAGAGUAAUUGGACAAUUGGAUUCAUUGACUGAAUUAGCUGAAUUAUAAUGGAGUUAACUAUUCAGGGAGAUAAACUCAUUCUCGCUGAUCCUCUGUGAAGGUUUGGAUCACAGCAUUGUUUAGUAAACACUUCAGUGUCCCUUGCGAAAAAUCUCAGAUGAUUGGAGAUUAUUUUAUCUUGGCAGAAAAUUCAGGAAUUUGAUCUCUGAAUAGAAGAUGAGCAGAAUGUGAUGUCACUUCCUCUCUGUAACGUGGUGGAAUUCCAUGAUGAUUACCUGAAUGAAGUAUUUUUGAGUAUUUUUAAAUACUUUUGCACUCUGUUUAAAAUAUAAAAUGGACUAUUAUCAGUUUAAUGUUAAAUGAGAAGUUUAGCAUGUCUGGUUGUGUUGUCUGUGUGACACUCCACAAUGUCACAUUUGUUUACUUGAGUCUUUUUGUCAUUUUUUGCCAAUUUCGUUGGGGAUUUUUUAAAGAGCAGGGAUAAACUCUCGAUGUCUAUGUCCUGAAGUCAACGUGAUGUACUGUUCAUAUACUGUAGAUCAGUAUUAAACAUCUCUGCUUCA